ACAGCGUUGUCCACUUUCCCCGAGGUUUUCUUUGCCCCAUGGAGUUGCUCCGGUGGAUCUCGAAGAUUGCAUAUGGAGCAAAGCUGGCCUGACUCAGAAACUGCCGAAUCGAUACACCCCAAAACAACCAAUAGUGAAGCUGAUAACGAGCUCUACCAGGUAUACGAUCGACGUAACGCCUCCUCAAUAUGGACACCUCGGAAUCGUGCCACUUUCUGCACAACAUCUCAUUACCUCGGGUUCAGGAGUUGGAGAUUGCAUCAUGGGAAGAUACAAAUCCUCAAGGUAGGUCCAGGUACUUUGUAUCAAACUCUCUUCUUCUCCAAUCCUGAUCUCCCUCACUCUUGUCCCGUCCUUUUCUCGCUUGUUCUUCCUCUCCCACCGCCAGAAUGGCUCAGAACACAUUGUCUAAACUCAUUGUCAACCAAUACAACCUAUGGCUUGUUAUAUUCGUGGCCUUGGGAACCAUUUCCACAGCGUACGGUCUGGCCGUGAUUGGGUCUACUGUAGGCCAGCCUAACUUCUACACCUACUUCAACCUGGCCACGGCCGGUGAACCAGGCUAUGCCCAUACCACCAACAUCAUUGGUGCUCUCAACGGCGUCAACUCGGCAGGAGCUAUAGCAGGUUGCAUCUUCCAAGCCUGGUCCGCAGACUACCAUGGCCGCAAACGCACCAUGCAGAUUGGCUGCUUCAUUCUGAUCAUUGGAGGCGCGCUGUGUGCCGGUGCGUACGAUAUCGCAAUGUUCCUCGUGGGAAGGUUCGUAGCAGGUAUUGGUGCUGGGAUUCUUGCCUGUGUCGUCCCCAUUUACCAAGCCGAAGUUUCGACACCCGAGACUCGAGGAGCCAUGGUUUGUGUUACUGGAAUCAUGUACGCCUUUGGGUACAGCCUUGCAGGCUGGGUCGGAUACGGCUGCUACUACAUGAAAGCCAGCGACCCUUCAGCUCAGUUCUCCUGGCGCUUCCCACUAGCAUUCCAGAUUUUCUUCCCAAUCGUGGUUCUCGCCGGCAGCAAGUUGAUCCCAUACAGUCCUCGUUGGCUGUUGUCCAAGGGUCGUCGACAAGAGGCUCUCGACAUCGUCAAGAGGUUGCACAAGUCACCCGCCGACCCGGAAGAUACCAAGGCACGACAGGAGUUCUGGCUCAUGGAGAAGCAAUAUGAGAUGGACGCCCAAAUGAACUUCGGACACUUUGAGCUUUUCAAGACUCCUGCCAACAGGAAACGAGCUUUGAUGGCUUGUGUAUUGAUGUGGGGUGAUCAGUUCCUAGGUAUCUUCGUCAUGACAAACUACGGUGUUCUGAUCUACGAAAGCUUAGGUCUCAGCGGCUCGAUCCCUCUCCUCCUCAACGCAUGCUGGACCACCCUGACCAUCAUCGGCAACACCUGGACAGCCUUGUUCAUCGACCGCUUCGGUCGGCGCAAGUUCAUGCUCAUCGGCUCAGCCGGCUGCAUCACAGCGCUGAUCUGCCUCUGCGCCCUGACCGCAUCCUUCCUCAACACAACCAACAAAGCUGGCCUGAACGCCGCCGUGUUCUUCGUCUGGUUCUACAUUUUCUGGUGGUGCUUCUUCAUCGACGCCACGCAGUACGUGUACGUCUCGGAGAUCUUCCCCAAUCAUCUCCGCCCCUACGGUGUGGCACUGGGCUUGUCGGCGUUCUAUCUCGCCAGCGAAGUCACGCUCGUCGGCGCACCGGUGGCUCUCAACAAGAUCGGCUGGAAAUUCUACUUGGUUUUAAUCAUCCCCAGCGCCUUCUAUUGGGUCGUCAUAUUCUUCAUGUUCCCGGAAACUAAAGGGCGAACACUCGAGGAGAUUGGCGACGUCUUUGGAGAUAAUCUUCAUGUCGCGAGUCAUUGGUACAAUGCUUCACCCGAGGAGAAGGCGAGAAUGGCGGAGCAGGCUCUUAUUGAGACUGAGGGUGGUAUCGUCCGUGAGAAAGGUUACCGCGGUGCUGCUGCCAACGGAGCUGCUGAAGUCGAGGUACCUGAGGAGAAGGUUGGCGCUGUGCAGGCUGAGAACGCGACUGUCCCUCGUGUGUGAAGUAAGACGAGUCGCGGAGUAUCAACCAAACCCUGCUGUUGGUACAUGCGGCCAGCAUACACUAUAGGGAUAACCCUGGAUUUGCCAAUCCCGGGUUGUUUCUCCCUAUCCUGCCUGGGAUGUAAAAGCACAGAGAUUUGGACGGCGAAGAGAACACACGAGGACACUAGACAAGCGGAAGAUUACUAAAUGUGCAGUUAGAACUCCAGAUAUAUUAUGCUUAUCUUGCUACACCUCA